AUGCCUGUCCGCAGGGGGCACGUGGCGCCGCAAAACACAUUUCUGGGGACCAUCAUACGGAAAUUUGAAGGGCAAAAUAAAAAAUUUAUCAUUGCAAAUGCCAGAGUGCAGAACUGUGCCAUCAUCUACUGCAAUGAUGGGUUCUGCGAAAUGACUGGUUUCUCCAGGCCAGAUGUCAUGCAAAAACCCUGCACCUGCGACUUUCUCCAUGGGCCCGAGACCAAGAGACAUGAUAUUGCCCAAAUUGCCCAGGCGUUGCUGGGGUCAGAGGAGAGGAAAGUGGAGGUCACCUACUAUCACAAAAAUGGGUCCACUUUCAUUUGCAACACUCACAUAAUUCCAGUGAAAAACCAAGAGGGUGUGGCUAUGAUGUUCAUCAUUAAUUUUGAAUAUGUGACAGAUGAGGAAAAUGCUGCUUCCCCAGAGAGGGUAAACCCAAUAUUACCAGUCAAAACCAUCAACCGGAAACUUUUUGGGUUCAAGUUCCCUGGCCUGAGAGUUCUCACCUACAGAAAGCAGUCCUUACCACAAGAAGACCCCGAUGUGGUUGUAAUUGACUCAUCUAAGCACAGUGACGAUUCAGUGGCCAUGAAGCACUUCAAGUCUCCCACAAAAGAAAGCUGCAGCCCCUCUGAAGCAGAUGAUACAAAAGCCUUGAUACAGCCCAGCAAAUGCUCCCCCUUGGUGAAUAUAUCUGGACCUCUUGACCAUUCCUCUCCCAAAAGGCAAUGGGACAGACUCUACCCUGACAUGCUGCAGUCAACCUCCCAGCUGACUCAUUCCAGAUCGAAGGAAAGCAUCUGUAGCAUACGGAGGGCUUCUUCUGUUCAUGAUAUAGAAGGAUUCAGUGUCCACCCCAAGAACGUAUUUAGAGACCGACAUGCCAGUGAAGGGCCUUUUAACCAUAUCAAGUCAAGCCUUCUGGGAUCCACAUCGGAUUCAAACCUCAACAAAUACAGCACCAUUAACAAGAUUCCACAGCUCACUCUGAAUUUUUCAGAUGUCAAAACUGAAAAAAAGAAUACAUCCCCUCCUUCUUCAGAUAAAACCAUUAUUGCACCCAAGGUUAAAGAUCGAACACACAAUGUGACAGAGAAAGUUACCCAGGUUCUCUCCUUAGGAGCAGACGUCCUGCCCGAAUAUAAGCUGCAGACGCCGCGCAUCAACAAGUUCACGAUCCUGCACUACAGCCCCUUCAAGGCCGUGUGGGACUGGCUGAUCCUGCUGCUGGUCAUCUACACGGCUAUCUUCACGCCCUACUCCGCCGCCUUUCUCCUCAACGACAGGGAGGAGCAGAAGCGGCGCGAGUGUGGCUAUUCCUGUAGCCCUUUGAACGUGGUGGACUUGAUUGUGGACAUUAUGUUUAUCAUAGACAUCCUGAUAAACUUCAGAACAACGUACGUAAAUCAGAAUGAGGAGGUGGUAAGUGACCCGGCCAAAAUAGCAAUACACUACUUCAAAGGCUGGUUCCUCAUUGACAUGGUUGCUGCCAUCCCCUUUGACUUGCUGAUUUUCGGAUCUGGUUCUGAUGAGACCACCACCUUGAUCGGCCUGCUGAAGACGGCGCGGCUGCUGCGCCUGGUGCGCGUGGCGCGCAAGCUCGACCGCUACUCGGAGUACGGCGCGGCCGUGCUCAUGCUGCUCAUGUGCAUUUUCGCGCUGAUCGCGCACUGGCUGGCCUGCAUCUGGUACGCCAUCGGCAACGUGGAGCGGCCCUACCUCACCGACAAGAUCGGGUGGCUGGAUUCCUUAGGGCAGCAAAUCGGAAAGCGCUACAACGACAGCGACUCGAGCUCUGGGCCGUCCAUUAAAGACAAAUACGUCACCGCGCUUUAUUUCACCUUCAGCAGCUUAACCAGCGUGGGCUUCGGGAAUGUGUCGCCCAACACCAACUCCGAAAAGAUCUUUUCCAUUUGUGUCAUGCUGAUUGGCUCACUAAUGUAUGCAAGCAUUUUUGGGAAUGUAUCUGCAAUUAUCCAAAGACUAUACUCGGGAACUGCCAGGUAUCACAUGCAGAUGCUGCGAGUAAAAGAGUUCAUUCGCUUUCACCAAAUUCCCAAUCCUCUGAGGCAACGGCUUGAAGAAUAUUUCCAACAUGCGUGGACUUACACCAACGGCAUUGACAUGAACAUGGUCCUCAAGGGUUUUCCAGAAUGUUUACAAGCUGACAUUUGCCUACAUCUAAACCAGACUUUGCUACAAAACUGCAAAGCCUUUCGGGGGGCAAGUAAAGGUUGCCUGAGAGCUUUGGCAAUGAAGUUCAAGACCACCCAUGCACCUCCGGGAGACACUCUGGUUCACUGUGGGGAUGUCCUCACGGCACUUUAUUUCUUGUCCAGAGGCUCCAUUGAAAUCCUCAAAGAUGACAUUGUAGUAGCUAUUCUGGGAAAAAACGAUAUAUUUGGAGAAAUGGUUCAUCUUUAUGCCAAACCUGGAAAGUCUAACGCAGAUGUAAGAGCUCUCACAUACUGUGAUUUGCAUAAGAUCCAGAGAGAAGACUUGUUAGAGGUUUUGGAUAUGUAUCCCGAGUUUUCUGAUCACUUUCUCACAAAUCUAGAGUUGACUUUCAACCUAAGGCAUGAGAGUGCAAAGGCUGAUCUCUUACUACGAUCACAGUCCAUGAAUGACUCUGAAGGAGACAACUGUAAAUUACGAAGAAGGAAAUUGUCCUUUGAUAGUGAAGGAGAGACAGAUUUUGGCAAAGGAAACAGUACAAAUGAUGCUGAAGACUCUGGAGAUACCAUAAGAAAUUAUCAGAGUUCCAAGAAACACGUCGAAGAGAAAAAAAGCAGAUCUUCCUCUUUCAUCUCCUCCGCUGACGAUGAACAAAAGCCUCUCUUCUCAGGGAUAGUAGACUCCCCUCCAAGGGCAGGGAAAGCAGCGGGACUCAGUUUUAAAGAAAUAGUGCCCACGUCAGGAAGAGCUCACAUAGAUAAAAGGAGUCACUCCUGCAAAGAGAUCGCUGACACAAGAAGCUGGGAACAAGACAACGCCCAGACCCAGGCCUAUGAGUCGAGUCCCUCAGCACCUCAGCAAGCUGCCUGGGGGAUCUCGGAAACUGAAAGUGACCUCACCUAUGGGGAAGUGGAGCAAAGACUGGAUUUGCUUCAAGAACAACUUAACAGACUUGAAUCCCAAAUGACUACUGACAUCCAGACCAUCUUACAGUUGCUGCAGAAGCAAACCACUGUGGUCCCCCCAGCCUACAGUAUGGUGACUGCCGGAGCGGAGUAUCACAGCCCCACCCUCCGCCUGAUGAGGACCAGUUACCCGGGAGCGUCCAUCAAGACGGACAGAAGUUUCAGUCCUUCCUCACAAUGUCCUGAAUUUCUAGACCUUGAAAAAUCUAAACUUAAAUCCAAAGAAUCGCUCUCAAGCGGCGUGCAUCUGAACACAGCUUCGGAAGACAACUUGACUUCACGUUUAAAACAAGACAGUGAGCUCUCUUUAGAGCUUCGCUCGCGGCAAAGAAAAACUUACCUUCCUCCAAUUAGGCAUCCUUCUUUGACAGAUUCAUCCCCAAGCACUGUAGGAAUCUUGGGUCUUCAUAGGCAUGUUUCUGAUCCUGGUCUUCCGGGGAAAUAAUCAUUUUGUACUAUUUAUUCCACAUACAAUGUAAGUGCUUUUAAUGGCUGUUUUCCUUUUUGUAUUUAAAUCCUCUCUACUUGACUCAGGGGCUCAAAGGUACCAUUAUAUGCAAAAGUACUGUAUAUUUUCCUAAACUGAAGCUUGUAAGGUAAAACUGAGCAGUUAGGAUGUAAAUAUACAUAUGAACUCUUUUGUUCCAAAUGUUAAAACUGCCAGCAUCUCAAGGCACCUUAUUUUUUAUUUUUAUUUUUUAAAUCAUGUGCAUGUUAGGAAACUCCAGUUUCUCUUGCAUGGAGACUCCUAUUUACUGCUUUCACUAAAUCAGCACCUUGCUAUGAAAAUGCCUUCAAUUAGAAACCAAGGGAUAAAAUUGUUCGUGGAUGCAACUCAGAUGAUCCUCAACCCAAGGAGUGCAAGGAGGAAAAAGGGGACUUAGUCAGUUUUGAGAACUGACACGCUGCUGUAUCAGGAUGUUCAUAGUUAAUUAUGUUCAUUCCACCACACUGGGGGAAAAAUGCAGUUUUAGAGCUGUAAAUCUCUGACAAGACACGUAGCCAUCUCCAAAUAUACGAAUAUAGGCAAGCAUUACUGAGGACAAAAAGGCCUGUCUGUUUAAAAUCCUGCCACUAACUGCAUUUACAGACUACCUAAAACGCUUCCCAUGGGCACAUUUCCUUGAAUGAUUAGAAACAAGUUUCUCUCAUUUUUCUUUCUUUAGGGCAUGGGGAGGGAGAACUGCUAAAGACUGACCCACAAAGACUGAUAUCCACAGCUUUCUUCUGAUUUAUAUUCCAGGGCAAUCUUGAAUUUGAUCUAAAGAGUGAUCGCACAUAGUUUUCUUUUAAAAAAAUGUGCAACUUGAAUGGACUUGCAUGGCGAAACUAGCUUUCACUGAGUAUAGGUUGUCCUGCGGCUUCCUAAUCCCAGCUGCGGAGAAACCGUGUGCAUUUACUUGCCUGUAAAGGAAUGUACACGUCAACAGUAAAAUUGUAGUUUUACUGGGCUAUUCACACACACUUGCUAAUCAAAGAUUAAAUGAAAAUCUGUUAUCUUUGGAUUGGGCUGAAUAUAUAUGGACGCUAGAAGAUCAGAACACACAAAGGAAUAUAUUUUAAUAUUUUCAACUGUUAGAUUUUCUUUUGGGGAGGGAGAUCUAGACCACUUAUAAAAUCAAGGUACAGAAAAAAAUUGUAAGUUAAUGUAAGGUUCUGAUUAGUCAAGUUCUGGUGAAGUUUUAUUUUUCAAUUCAUUUGAGUACAAUUUUAAACAUAUCACGGGCUGAAGCAUUGUAUUUGUUCCUUCUGAACAAAAUUUUGAAAUUCAUUGAAGUUUUCUUAGUCCGUUACUAAUUCUUACACUCAUAUAGUUUUAAAGAAACAUUAUACCUCUGCACAUUAUUAACUAUGGAUUUACCUUUGCCAAUUUAUACUAAUAUAUUACUGUCCAAUACAAGCAACUUGUUUAAAGUAAAAACUAUUGCGCAAUUUAAAAUAUGAUUAAAGUAACCUAAAAUUGCUCCCUAUAUAUUUUUAAAUGGUCACAUAAAUUGAUCAUCUGUGUGGGAGGCAAUCUGUAGGCAUGAGCAUUUAAAUCCCUGUUUAAUUUUUGAAACACCAAAACGUGUAAUCAAGUACAGAUGGCAACGUGACCAGCCGAUUCAAUAGAAGUAUAAUUUCACCAGCUUCCCCAAACAUUUGGUGUUUUGCAGAUAGAAAUGUGGGGACUAACUGAUGCUUUUAUUUCCUCAUUCAACGAGCAACUGCGGGUGCCUAGCGGGGGAGAGAGAAAAG